AUGGCGGCCAGAAAGCUGCAAACCGAAAUCGACCGGACGCUUAAGAAGGUCGCGGAGGGCGUCGAACUCUUCGAGAGUAUAUACGACAAGAUGCAGGCGUCGACGAAUCAGACGCAAAAGGAGAAGCUAGAGGUGGAUUUGAAGACACAAAUCAAGAAACUGCAACGUCUUCGGGACCAAAUCAAAACCUGGGUCGCAAGCAAUGACAUCAAGGACAAGACCGCGCUCCUAGACAACCGCAGACUUAUCGAGACGCAAAUGGAGAAGUUCAAGGCUUGCGAGAAGGAAAUGAAGACCAAGGCCUUCUCCAAGGAGGGUCUGACACAGUCUAUCAAACUCGACGCGAAGGCUCAAGAGAAGCUCGAAGUCACGCAAUGGGUCCAAACGCAAGUUGAAGAACUCCUGCUUCAGGUGGAACAGGCAGAAGCGGAGAUUGAGACAUUGCAGGGGAGUGGGAAGAGGAAGAAGUCGGGUGCAGCGGCCGCGGGGCGUUUGGAAGAGCUGGAGCAUUUGAAUGAGCGGCGGAAGUGGCAUAUUAGCCGCUUGGAGAUUAUCCUGCGAUUACUGGACAACGGCACUCUACCAACGGAAAAGGUGCAAGGGCUGCGGGAAGAUGUGUCCUAUUUUGUGGAGAACAACACAGAUGAAGACUUUGACGAAGACGAAGGUAUUUACGAUGAGCUUAAUCUCGAUGAGGAGGAGGAGAAGUUUGGUCUGGCGAAUGAUGACGAUAGUGAUGAGUCGGAAGACGCUAGUGAAGAAGACAUUCCUCCUCGAACGCCGUCGAAGAAACACGAUGAGGAGAGUACUGCGAAUAAUCACAAACGGGAUGGUAGCCCCGUUUUAAAGAAGCCCCCAGCCGCGUUGCCCCUUCGAAAAACAUCAAUCGCUGCGGAGACACCUAAGCCCCCACCAAAUCCUAACUUCGUGCAACAGCCCAUGUCCAGUAUACUGAAGGCAGGACUUCCGACACAACCACGUCCGACAGCUCUACCAGUACGUUAUGCGGCAGCGGCAGCCGCCGCAGUUACCCCUUCAGCGACACAAUCAACGAGUACGCAACCGCCACCAACGCCUUCAGUAGCAUCAUCUAGUCAGCCAUCUGCACCCACUGCACUAUCAAUAGGGUCAGCCAAUGCCUCAUCUACACUUGCUGCAGAUCAGCGAUCCGCAGUCACAUCAUCGCCCAGUCUGACGCAUCCAUCGGUGACAAGUCCAAUGCUCUCAUCGGCAUCGGUGUCCGCACAACAGGCGGAUGGCUACUCUGUCCGGGAUUCUCCAGCAAUGUCGGAGGCAGUACCCAGCUCCAUCAGUGGACCGGCAGCAACAUCUUCGCCUCAGCGGAUUGCAGCACGGAAAGCGUCGACACCGUCCCCAACUGCAUUGCAGGCAUUUAGUGCAGCUCAGCCACCACCAGCAGAGCCGCUACAACUGCCACAACCACCGCACCUGAUUGAAAAUAGUGCCUUGCAGAGUCAGCGACAGCCGCUGGAGCCUUCACCUCCUCCACAGCAAGCGCAGGCCUUUUCUAGCAUCUCCGCGAGUCUAGCGAAUCCUCAAUCAGCGACAUCGUCGCCCAUGCCCGCACCAUCGCAACAGCAGCAACCCCAGUAUCCGCCCGGGGUCAAGGUUGCGACAGCGACACCCGCACCAGACCAGUCUGUUCCAUCUGGAGUGGCGCCACAGGGGCCAUCAACAAGUGCGCAGCGGCCGACGUCGACCGCGCCAUCACAAGUGCCUCCUCAACUGCAGCAACAGUCGCGACCCACCGCAUUCCCCGGUUCGUUGUCAGAUCUAGUUGUCUCGUUCGAGAACGUAAAGCAGAAAGCGCCACACCGCAUGUCAAAUCUUGACCAGGUGCACAAGUUGCUUCAGGGAAGUUACUCAAACAUGCCGCAGCCACAGGAUACCGAGAAACCGAAGUACUACGUGCCACGGAAUCCGAUCCAGACGCCGUCGUAUUACCCGCAGACACCAAACCCUGUCCUCAACACUGCGGGCAUCUUCUCGCAGCUGGAUGUCGAGACAUUGUUCUAUGUGUUCUACUAUUGCCCGGGCACAUACCAACAAUACCUCGCAGCAAAGGAGCUGAAGCGACAAUCAUGGAGAUUCCACGUCAAAUACCUGACGUGGUUCCAACGCCAUUCAGAGCCACAAGCAAUCACAGAGGAGUACGAACAGGGCGUCUACGUCUACUUCGACUGGGAGGGUUCAUGGUGUCAACGUAAGAAGAGCGACUUCCGCUUCGAGUACCGAUAUCUCUCCGAGGAUUAG